AUGUUACAGGAGCUGAUACUGCAAAUGCAGGGCGCACUACGUAGUGCGCCCUGCAGCGCGACAGUUCAGUCGCCGCCAUGGACCCCUCCGCCACCGUCUCAAGCGUCUGAUGUGUCCUCUCAACUAGAAGAAGAUGUGCCUCAAGAGCCGCGACUAAGUCAUGACCAUAACGCUGGAGAUGACUUUAUGUAUAGCGUGAACUUUUCAAAAAGUGUUGUGUCCAGUAUAGCUGAUAAGCAUUUCCGCCAGAAUGAGUGGAUUGCUGCAAUAGUGCUGUCAGCAUUCACCACCGUCGUCACUACGACCAUUUUCCUAAGCUAUGUUGAACAUAUUCCUGAGCUGGAGGGGAAGCAGUUGUACAAGCUGCGAUGGUUCUACAGUAUUGCCACGGACUUUGUCGCCGCACUUUGUGCCUUCUUCACGCCAAAUUGGAGGUAUGCGCUCAUCUGCCUUGUAGAAAAAGCGGUGUUUACCCUGUUGACAAUGCAAUCGGCUGCUUGCCCCAUCAACCGGUACCAUUGUGGAGUCUCUCUGGAGCCAGCACAAGUAUUUCUUUCAGGCGUGGUGAUUAUCGUUUUCUUACGUUUGCAGACGCGCUCAUCAGGACCCGCCACAUUCUUGUACAUUGCGCUAGACAUGCUCGGCUUUCUGUACAUCAUCGGCACUCUUUCUGUGAUCGUUGCCUUUGUAGACGACGAGCGAAUCGAUUCUUACCGCAAGCUACUAAUUGUGCUACUUUAUGUUAUAUGGGCUUCUGACACAGGCGCAUAUUUAACGGGAAAUUUGCUGGAUCGAAUGCACUAUAGUCACUACAAUCGUCUGGCACCCCACUUGUCCAAAAACAAGGACUACGAAGGGACACUUGGUGCCAUUCUAUUUGGCGUUACUGCGAUGUUCGUCUCCUCCGAUCUGCUUAGCGUACCAGGCACUGCGGCUGCACAAGUUGGAUUUGCGGUGGUAGCCGUGAUAGUAGGUCGACUUGGUGAUCUCUUCGAGAGUCUGUUGAAGCGUGCAGCUGGUGUAAAGGACUCUGGAAAGCUGAUUCCUGGUCACGGUGGUGUACUAGAUCGCAUUGACGCACUGAUGUUUGCCUCUCUUGUAUUUGCGCGAUAUUAUGCUACCGCUGUGGUGUAA